AUGGGGAAGAGGGCGGUCUGGCCGCCAAACGGCAAGGUCAAGGUCGAGACCUUGAGCCAGUCUUUACACGCUGAUGGCUGGCUUGAGCUCGGUGAGCUUCCAGAGUGGGAAGUCUUCGACGUGGCGGAAAAGUACCACGCAGAGUACCACGAUCGAAUUACCAGGCUGCUGGAGCGCGAGCGUCCCCGUUGGUUCGAAGACGUGGACGAGCAUAGAAACGUACGCCCUGGGCAAGUGGUUGCUAGAGAACUCUCUAGGCGUUUUGAGCCCAAAGGCCUCCACAUAUCCGCUGUGCACCCGUCCGUGUCCGACGACGAGUCGCUCGAUUAUCCUGCGACGGGCCCUCGCUUCUACGUGUCCGUGAUACCAGCUGCAAUGCGGCGUGGGCCAGCACCGCCCCCGCCAGAUGAUGUGGUCUGCCUUCUCUGGCCAGAUCCGCAAGACCGGUGCAAGCCUUGGAUUACUGAACUUGGUUGGGUCAUGACUCCGCAAAAUCCGAUGCACAGGCGAUGCACGCAGACAUCACGUCUCGUGCUGACAAGAUCUCGGAUCCCAGGCGAGACGGCGUGGGUCGCUUUCACCACUUCAUUUGGAAGCCUGACCGCACCACAAACUGUACGACACAGGUUGUGA